AAUUCAUCAGUUCACCUCGAGCUGUCGUCGUGAGUGGUUGUGUUGUCGAUUGUUAUCGUGAUUCUGUCCGUCUCUGAAUUCGUGUGUUCUCUAGAAUAAGCUAAAAACUAUUAAAAAUCUUUUUUAAAACUGGAUAAACACUUUGGUGCGAAGACAUAUACGUGACCGUUAAUAGUGUAGUGCUGUAUCGUGACAGUGUAGUGGCUGGUCGCGCUACGUCGUCGUGCCUGAGUUGGCGUCGUCCCUCCGAUUCUCGUGAGGAUCAAGGAUUCAAGGACAUCGAAAUGUACAUAAUAUCGUCGUGUUAUUAAUAACAAAGUACCUACUUGGAACUGGGUGUGAACCCAGAUACGGUGUGUGAAGUUUUAUGUAAUAAAGAAGAAACUAAAUAGAUUGUGUAUAUUUAACGUGAGUGUGUGCGUAACGAUAAAAUUGGAUUAUAGUGAAGUUUUUAUUUUAAAAAGUGAAGUGUACUCUGCAAAUUGCUCUGCGACUGUUAUGUGCGGUAAACAAGUGAUUUGUGUCAUUUAUUGGAUUUUUAUUUGCUUGGAUUACUAGCAGCUAAAUGGCAAUUGUUCUGGAGGGGUUGAAACCGAAGUCAUGAACGCAAAUAUAGGCUGUCAUUCACAUCAAGCAGGAUAGCUCUUAUCAAAGGUGUACAGUCGCAAUACUGGGGCUCGUAGCAUGGAUGUCAGCUUCAACAAUGUAAUGGAAGGGAUGCGUCAGUACUUUAUGGGAGUACCGAAACAGGCGCAAGCGGAAGGUUCCGGACAGACAGGGUGGCCAGCUGGCACCCCAAUGUUAGAAGAGGGUGCACCGGCUCAGUCUGGCGCUCCUGCGCAUUCAUCGCGCCCUCCGUCCGCUGCUGCUGCACCGCCAUCUACCCCAUCUCAGAUGGCCAUUCCGAUACCACCAAGACCACCAUCGGAACCUUUGGAGCCUGAGCCGCAUAUUAUCCAUAAAGCCACAGUAAUGCGGGAGGCGGCCGAAAAGCGACGUGAGAUGCCAGAAGUUGAAGACGAGGAAGAACCAAUAGCUACACUUUCGCCACCUUCACAUUUUAUUCGUAAACCACAACGUACUCUACCGUCGCCUGCGCCUGCGCCUUCUGUUCAUUGUCCUUCUCCGUCUCGGCCACCAUCAGCAGCUUUACCGCCGCCACCAGCACCAGAGCCUGUAGAGGCUUCUACUCAGUAUCGGCCACCAGUACACAGAGUACCUACGCCAACAGCAAGACCGCCCGACCAAUUCGCACCUGGUCGCCCGCCAGAUCCUUAUACCACCUCUCGGCCUCCAGAACCAUAUGUUCGAUAUCAUUAUGAGUCUAACUUACCUGAUACGGGAAGAAGUUCACAUGGGCCACCAAAUGCCUCACCUCAACCAUCAAUGCCUCCACGGCAUAGUCCACAAACGUAUGCGAGGUUGUCUAAUUCUAUGCCACAUAACGCUUCAAGAUUGCGUGAAUCUGCGACACAUAGCCCUCCUACUCAGCGUUAUACUCUACCGUCUUCGCAACCACCACCUCUGCAUAACGAUCGUGUUCCACCAAUACAUCAUCCACAAACGGCUACACCUUCUCAGAGGCUGGACGUUCGAUCAACACCAAUAUAUUCUCCCCAUCUUCAGCAACGUCGCGAGCCGUCUCCAUAUAGUAGGACAUCAUCACAUUACGAUAGACAUCCGUCAGUACCUGCUCAAAAAUAUGAUCCUCAACAAGCAUAUCCAGGAUACCGGCCUAAUCCAACAACUUUUCAAUCUGCUCAAAGUCAUCGAAUAGAAACACACCAUCCUGUUCAAUAUAAACAAGCUACCGUUGAUACAAUAAAUCCGCCUUAUGGAUCGAAAACAUCAGAUCGUGUUCUUAUACCUUCACAACCACACAUGCAUGAUACAGCACGUUUACCAUCACGUGUUGACUAUCCAAGUUCAAGCAGAAAUAUUGAUACACCCACAAGAGGUGUUUAUUCUUACUCUAUUCCAUCAACUUCAACAUCAAGAUAUGCACCUAGUACGCCAGUACCAGUCUUGCAAAAUUCCUCGGUGCAGUCAAGAUCUUUAUACCGUCCUGCUGCAACCCCAAAAACUAACUAUGAAUAUCCAACAUCUAGUCCCAUUCAAACAUCACCUGCUCGUUCGACGGCAAAACCAGGAUAUCCUAAUCAACAGGCACGCAUGACAGUAUCUGUAACUUCAUUAGUAAACCAAAUGAAUCAAACAAAACAUAAGCGUGAUUCUCCCCAUUCUGCAAGUGUUCAAGUUAAUCAGCUGAGUCAAGUUAAACAAAAACGAGAGUCUCCUCUUGAUUUAUCUGUAAAGACUGUCAAAAAUUCUGCCGAUUCGUCCACAACUCAAGACGACAUGAUUGAUUCACCAUCGAUGGAAAAUAAAACAUUAUCAUUGCAACCACGGCCCAUAUCAAGUAAUCGACAAAAUCCACCUGGUACAAGUUAUGUUGCUUCUCAUAAAGUAGAUUUUGCUCCUAAUUUCACGCAAUAUAGAGAAAGAAGUACACAUAAUUACAAUACACCAGUGCAGUCGACACAUCCAACAAUGCGGUAUAAUGGUGCAUAUGACGUAAGACGUCCAGCACCUGAAUCUUAUUCUGUUGAAUCUCCUCAUCAAAUUUAUUCAGACCGUAGCAAAUAUAAUGCGCCGGUGAACAGAACUGAUCAUGUUCCUAGAAUAGAUUUAACACGACCAAGUACUGAUCAUCGACAUCAUGAAAAUAGAAUACGAGAUGAUAGACAUUUUAUAAUAGAAGAAAGAAAACGCCCUGCAGGGCCAAUAGUGAGUAACAUUCCGGAAAAGAUAGUUCGAUAUGAAACUUGGACUUCGAACGGUCGAAUAGAGCGUAUGAGCCAAUCAGAUCGCGAACAACAUGAGUUAAUGAGUCGACCUGUCUAUAGUUAUAGCAGUCAUAAACAAUUUGAGGCUUAUCAAAAUGAACAAAAGAGACCUAUAGCUUCUAACACGUAUCGUGAACAUCAUUCUCACGUUAGUCAUAGAUACUCUAACAGUACGUAUCCAGCAGAGAUUCCAAGUCGUGAGGCAAGCGAUUAUCACUCUCAUUAUCAUGACAGAAAUCCGUCUAGUAGCCGUCAUCAUGUUAUACAAAAAAUUCCGAGCCAUAGAGAUAUAUAUCCAAAUCAUAUAGACCCACACAAUGGUGUACCGGCUGAUAAGAGAGUAUUGAGUAUACUACGCAACAGUUUAGAAACCAAGCAAACAGGGCUCAUUGAGCCAACUAAGCAAGUGAGAAAUAUACCUGAUCUCAUUGUUAUAGAUGAUGUAGAUGAUUCUGUGAUAGAAAUAACUGAUCUUACGAAAGAUAAUGACACUGAACCAGUCGUUAAAGAUUUACCAAAACAAAUUCAGAAUCAAAUUCCCAAUCUAGGUAACCACAUACAUAUGCCAAAAGCUGUAGAUUCAUUACAACGAGAUUCUGAUUAUAGUAGAUUCGAUAAUGUUGAUGUAAAAAGUAAAUCCCCUGAAAAUGAUGUCGCAUCACGAAUUAGAACGAAAGCUGAAUUAAAAGUAAUGCCACCAUCUCAGGAAAGUAAUGUAAAAUCAGAAAGAAUACUUGAUAUGCCCAAUGAGCAUGAAAAAGUGAAAUUGCUCCCAAAAUCCCAAAAACAACAUUUAUUUAAUCAAAUUAGAGAAGAUAAUCUUCGAUUAGAAUCUGUAAUAAAGAGUGAAACUUUAACUGAAGUUGUUCUACCCGAAGUAAAAACAGAGCCAAUGAAUAUAGAUGAAAUAGAAAAGGAUGCAGAAAUACCUAUAAAAACAGAAACAAUUAUAGAAAACUUAGAAUCUGAAAUUAAUACAUUAAGUAGCGAUACAGUUGAAGAUUUAGAUUGGGUUAGUGCAUGUGACAACUUUAUGGAACAAUUGAAGACUGGGUGUCACAAAAAGAAAACUCAACGAAAACGUAUUGAAAAUUCAGAGCUGGAACAUGAAAAUAAAACUGAGUUAUCUAAGAAGUCACUAUCUACAGAGACCAAGACAUCUGUAGAGAUUAAUGAUGAAAAAGAUCUAAAGGAAAUAGCGCCUAUUGUUACUAUUAAACAAGAGCCUGUAGAUGAAUAUGAUGUAUUAAAUCAAAGUGAACCAUCAUCCUCAAUGAUAUUAAAUUGUAAAGAUAAAGUCGCUCAAGAUAAACUAAAACCCUUAAACGAAAAAACAGAGAUAUCUAAAGAAAAAGAAAAACAAGAAACAUCUAAAGAGAAAGUGGAAAAUAAAAAUGAUAAACUUAAAAACGAUAAAAAGAUUAGUAAAGAAAGUGAGAAACAAUCCAAAGCUAAAACGAAAAUGAAAGUAAAAUCUGAGAAAAACGACUCUGCUUCAUUAAAUCCAGUAAUUGUUAAAAAGGAAGUUAAGGAAAAAGAAUCUAUUAAACCUAUCAUUAAAGAAGAACUUGAAUCUACAGAUGACGAUGAGCCCCUUAUUAAAAGUAAAUUACUAAAAGAUAAAGAACAAAGUGACCGACUUAAAUAUCAGCUACUUAAAGAUUUAUCUGAGAAGUCAGCAUACGUAAAAUUAGAAUGUUGCGAUGUUGAUGUUAACAAAAAUAAUAGAAAGUCUAUCGAUUCUCCGUUAAAAGAUAAGGAAGAAAAGCAGACUAAAGGUAAAUCAAUUAAACAAACGUCACGUAUAAAAGGAAAAUCUUCGUCUAUUGACAACAAUAAAAAUCUAAAACAAAACAGUGAAUCUACCUCUGAGAGUGAUGACGAUGACGAUCUAAGCGUAGCAAGUCGAUUACGUAUACGAAAAAGCAUUAAAACUGAAGACAAUAAAACUACUCCUGCAGCUAAAUCUCCUAUUAAAUUAUCUCCUUUCAAGAAACAAGAUAGUAGUAGUACGACGAAUAAUAAUUCUACUCCAAUCCGUAAGCCCGGUUUUGGUGAUGGUUCUGAUUUUCAUCCGGGAUGGGAAGAAGAAUUAUAUCGAUACAAACGUUCUCUACGAAUGCCUACAAGGCUUAUUGCUAUACCUAGGGGACGUUCAGGUGGUCCAUUUAUAAAAGGAACAGGGGCAUUAUUUUCUCGAGGUACUACAUCUCUGCCAGACUUAGAUCCGGCUCCACUUUCCCCGGCUCCAUCGUCUGCUCCUUCAGCGGCUACUGAUGACCUAUAUUCAAGACGUCCAGAUAAACUUACUUUAGAUAGUGAUCUUGAUUCUAAUUCUAGUUGUUCUGCACCACACAAGUUGCACUAUGAUUCUGAAGCUUCAACAUCCACGGUAUUCUCUACUUCAAAAGUGAAAAAGAAGGGUAGUUCUAUUGUUGAUGUUCUUAUUCAAAAAUGUGGCAAAAAAGAUGAUACUAAAAAGAAAUCGAAAGAUAAAGAUGAGAGAACCCCAAAAGUUAUACCGAAGAGCUCAAAUACGAGUGAAUUGUUACCAACACCUAGUUUAGGUCUCGUAAAAAAUGGAAAUAAAAACAGUCUCAGUGCUAAAAAGGAAAAACUAAUGGAAGAUAUAUUUUAUUUAGGUGCCUUUAGAAAAGAAACUGUUACGGCGUUUAGAAAUGCUUUUAUAAAAAAUACAGAUGGUCUGAUUGGUGCUACAGAAGAAUUUGCACCAGUUGUUCUAAAGUCUAGGACUAGAACCGAAAGUAGAGUACUAAAACAACGGGCGACAAUUAAAGAAAUAUUUGGUGAUGAACGACCAGCUUCUGCACCACCAUCAUCAUGCAGAGAAAGCGAAUCACAUGAAAUACAAGAAGAUCAAGUAAUAGAGAUAAAACAAGAACCGAAAGAAACUGAAGUUAAGACAAAAUUUAAAACGAAAAAAAUAUUGAAAGAUAAACUCAAACGAAGAUCAAGUUCAAUAAGAGAUGGUCUCCGAAGUACGAAAUCGCUUAAAAGAAAUGAUGCUAAAGGGCGAUUACUUCGUCUCAAGAAAAGAAAUAGUUUAAUGAAAUCUUUACCUAAUAAACGAAUGAAAGAUAUUGCAUUAAAACAUAAAAAGGAAAAUAGUUCUAACCUUGACAAUAGACAAGAUAAGCCAAAAGAAGAAGGUAGUUCUUUAACAAUAACUGAAGGAAAAAGACGUUUAAAACGAUUAUUUGGAAGACGAAAAUUUAGUUCAGGGUUUGAUUAUAUACGUAAGAAGAAAAAAAUAAUACGAAGAGAGGACACAGAUACGAAUACUAACAAGGUACGCCGACCUGCAGUAAAACCAAGUCCUGAAUCUGUCCAUGAUAUCCAUAAAGAAAUAAAAAGUUGGAUCAUCAAUAAGAGUAUUGGGGAAACACAUCUCCAUCGUGCUGCUAAACUUGGAUAUACGGAUUGCGUGGCUUACUGUUUGGAAAAAAUGUCAACUGACCCUUCAGCUAAAGAUAAUGCAGGUUUCACACCGCUUCAUGUGGCAGCUGCAAAGGGUUACGUCAGAAUCGCACGACUGCUACUACAAUAUGGUGCAAAUGUAUCAGCAGCAGCACAGGGCGGCAUAAGACCUCUUCAUGAAGCAUCCGAGAACUGUCACGUAGAAGUAAUACGCCUUCUUCUAUCAUAUGGCGCCGAUCCUUUACUGGGAACAUAUGCUGGUCAGACGCCGGAAGAAUUAGCUGAAGGGCAAUCAGCGAAACUUAUUCGUUUAUAUAUUGCUGAUGUGCAAGGUCAGGCAGUCGAACCAUGGAGGUUUCCUCACCCAGCUGAGGUUAUUGAUCAUGAAGAAAAUGGUUGUGACCCAUUGUCUUCACCACCACCAGCCUCUCCACCGCCACCACCUGACUCUACGAUGGAAAUACAAUGCACAGAGGCUCCGCUGCCCCCGUUUUAUAGUCUGAGGUCGGGUUCAGGACAGCCAUGUGAUGGCUUGUGGUGUCUUUUACAGGACGUUAUUAAUUUGUUACAGAUCAAAUCAAAGGAUAGUCUACUAAAACAAAUACAUUGUGGAUCUGGAUCUCCCAAGGAACUGCUACGAGAAAUCAAAACACAAGAGUUUUUGGAGAGAGCACAAUGUCAUCAACUUCUUUGCGCAGGGGAAAAAGUCAAUGUACGCGCCUCGAAAGUAGCGCUUGUCAGAGUAACCGACAAGCUUAGGCAAUUGCUCAAGAUCGAGACAAUUCUUGUCAGCUGACACUAGUGACAGAACUCUAGAGUUUGGAUUAAUUAGCACUUCAAAAUUAUAAAGUUGAAUGACUUUAAUUGUCUUAAUAACGGAUCAAGAGACAGUUUUAUUCUAUUAUUCUUUGAGAAAAAAACAUUAUAAAUAUUAUUAAUGUUUUAUAGUAUUACAUAACACAAUGAAUGGGGGGAAAGGGAUUGUUAGUAAUGGGGUCUAAGUGACCCAUUGCCAGCAAUACACCCUAUCAGGUCGACCUCCACGUGGUUCCCCCUGGAAACCAUGGUGGUUAAUUCUAGUGGAAUUCGUCACAAUGGGCUAAUUGACCUGCUUUCAUCGUCUCCUAUCAUCCCUCACUGGUGCCCCGCCAACGUAUCCCGAUAGUGCAGGCGGGGUUACCAUUCCAUUAUCACCUAUUAAAAAAAAUGCAAUGGAUGGUGAUAGUAACACGUAAUUGUUAUAACAGGGGUGCUCAAACAGUCGAUUGCGGUCGACCGUUUGACUUGUGACUAAAAAAAAUGAAUCUUGUGCGGAAAAGUAAUAUGAGGCGAGGUCAAAAAGUUCGAGGAAUGAGGAGGUUGAAAUUAAACAUCGAACUAUUUUUCCUUUUCAAUUUAUUAUCCUUUAACCUUAAUAUAUUUUUCGUAUCUCUCCAAUAAUUUGUUUAUAUUAUCGAAAAAAUAUCUUGGCUGUCAAAAUAGGCCGAAAUUGCAGACUUGACUUCUUCAUCGUCGCUAAAUCCGGGCCAUUACUUUUUCCCUACUCUCUUCACAAAACUUCAAAAACUGGCGAGAACACUCGACACGCUUACUUUUUUGAAGUGGCGUGAGCAUUCUUGGAAUCCAUUUUGUACUGGCCUUAGUCAUGUACUCUAACUCUACGCUAACUACUCCAACCAUUGCUGCAAGCUGCUUCUUCUUCAGCCGGGUAUAUUCUAAUACAAGUUUUUCUACUUUUGCGACGAUUUCCGGUGUGGUGGCCUCAAUUGGCCGUCCGGAGCGAGAGUCAUCUGCAAUAGACUCUCUUCCUUGUUUGAAAAGACCAUACCACUUGUAAACCAUGGUUUUACUAGGAGCAGAGUCCGCGUAAACUGCUAACAGCUCUUGAAAAGUCGCCUAAGCGGAUUUUCCUUGCUUGAUGAGGAACAUAUUAACAGCGCGAUAUUCAAUUUUUUCCAUACUCCCUGAUUUCUUCCCGAUUCACUUGUUUGCAGGUCGGUAACUCAAAAGUUAAUGACCCGAUUUGGUUCAAACUUGGUAUAUAUACUCUUAAUGAGGUGCUUAACAAAUGACUACCUGGAUGAGUAAACCAACUCCACCAAUCCCUUCAAUCCGCGAAUUUUUUACCUCUUCUUGUAUCUAUGCUACGAUACAUCCUAUAGUAUGAUCCGAUAGUCUCUCAGAGUUGAUCGAUCUACGUCUAACAAUAUUGAAUUUGAGCACCCCUGGCCUAUAAUAUCAUGUAAUGUAUGAAGAGUGUAUCACAAAUUAUACAAAGUGGUAUGAAUAAAAUAUCUUUAGCAAUUGGAGCAUGAUUUAAUAAUUCGGAUGUGGCAAUUGAGGAUAGCUCAACAAGGAGAUCUUCAUCUAGAUCGACUGAUUAAUGUAAUCUAAACAAGACGUAUCUCAUUUAAGAACAAUGUAAUAAAUAUUCGUUUCAUGAGACUGUUUAUGUUAAGGCAGCCAUUACAUAAUCUUGUCACUCCAUCAUUACAACGGGUGCGAGAUUAAUUAUUAAUAGUUGAAAGACUAUUUCAUUUAUCGAACAACAUAAUAAUGUAAAUAUUGUAAAUAAUUUAUUAAGCGUUUUUGCAUAUAUAUAUAUAUAUUGCUUUAAAUGUAUAUUAUUCUCAUGGGUGCUAUUUAGCGUUGGUGUACGGUUUAAUGAGUUAGUUAAAUGAAUAGAUUUAUCUGUGCUACGGCAAUUAUCUUAGUGUAAUAUUAAUUAAAAUUAGUAAAUAAAAUUACGAGAUAUAGUUACCACAGUCUAAUUUAAGUCAUUAGCAUAAUCUUAAACUAUAUGUGCAAUAGUAUACGUGCGGACAUUUAAAUUGAACAUUGUGUAGAUGAAUUUAUAUGAAAAUAUGUGGAAGCGAAUGUAUCAGUCACAGGGUUGGACCAAGCCUUAGCAGACAAUUGCUGUAGGUACUUAAAAUAUGUAGUGUGGAGUAAGUGCAAUUUGUAUCUUAUGCAAUUAAAUGUAUUAAAAUGUUCCCUAAAAUUUUAAAAUCCUGGGAUUUCCAGUAUUUUUAUUUUAUUGUUUCAUUAAUAGAUACAUACAUCACUUCUCAAUGUUAUUGAAGAGGAGACCAUAUACAUAGAAAUUUAUUAAUAAUUAUUUGUUUUGAGAUUAUGCUAGUAUUUUUGACAACAAUUAUUUGUUCAUUGUUAUGUUUGCUAAUUUCGUUUGCAAAUAAUCUUUAUUUCUGUAAAAUCAUUAUUUUACUUGAAGACAAGUUAUGUUUUUAUUUAUAUACCUAUAUUUAUCUGUAAGAAAUUAGAAAAAUUUAUUGAAUCACAUUAUUAAAAAUGCAUAUCGCAAAUUUAUAUUGACAUUGUAAAUACUUACCUAAUGGAAAUUGUAAACAAAUUAUUUUAUAACUUAUUUUGAAGCUAUAAUGUAACUUUUCUGACUAAUAACAGUAAAAUGCUACCUACCAACACAGAUAUUUCAUUAAUCGAUAAUUUAGUUUGAUACACAUAUAUAUGCAAUACAUUGAUAUCUAUUUUGGGACCUUGUAUAAAUAAAUAGUAGACAUUUUAUACUCUGUAGUUAAUGGUCAUGUUCCGCCCUAUUUAUUUAACUUUGAAAAUCAGAAACGAAGAAGUACAUUAUUAAUCUGUGAUGACAUAUUAUUAGGUGGAUUAUCUUGCGUAUGGAAAAGAAAGUAUAAAAUUAUUAAAAAAACAUUUGGAAUAAAUGGAACCUACGAAAUAUACAGUGUGUAUACUCUCAGAAUGGAAUAAAUAAGUUGUGUAAUACCUGCCUGUUAUUAGCAGUACCUACUGUAUAAGUAUUAUUAUAAUUAUUGACACAUAUUUCUUGUUGAUAAAUAUGAAAAUAAAAAUGUGGUCAUUGAA